AUGUAUCGGAAGUUGUCUAAGUUAGAACACUCGGAAAUAAAACAACUUCUUACAGAAGCUAAUAUAGAUGUUGCAAAGCAUUACGCAACAAACAAAAAAGCACUCGCUGACAUCCUCAAUGACUAUAAUGGUGCAAUAAGUUAUGAUAGAAUUCAUGAGUUCAUAAAGCCGCAACGCGGCGAGGACGAAGUCCACGCAAUAGCAUUUCCUUUAAAUGACGUUGCUAUUGACUUAUAUCAUAGACGUUCAGUACCUCAUGAAGUAAGAAGAGAAAUGUUUGACAUAACAAAUGCGAACGUUGGUGAAACAAGAAGAAGAGACGACACACUGAAACAACAGAGAAGAGAGAUGUUUAAGAGCGCUAUAGAACAAGUUCGCAAAGCUAA